CGCUGGGGGAAGGGGGUUUGGUGGCUUCUCCUCUUCCGUCUGUUUUCUCGGGGGGAGAAGCUGUGGUCCAGGGCCUACAGCGGGAUCCCGGCCUCGUCGCCUGGAGUCACCCCCGUGUCACGAGGAUGGGGUUCGCCGAGGACAAAGUCUACAACCACAUUUUGGAAAACCUCAGCAAAUUCAAGAACAUCCGUGUGGCCUCUCUGGCGGAUUCCCUCCGCUGCCUGACCGAUGCCGACAGGGAUGAACUUCACGCCCGGGAGGAAACACGGGGGAGCCAUGCAACCGUCUAUAAGUUUUACCAACACCUGAGGUGCCGGCAGGGCUGGGUUUCGGAUCUCAUCAGUGCCCUGCGCCAGAACAACGCGGGACAUUUGGCUGAUGAGCUGCAGCACGUCUAUGAUGCCUGGAAACCUCGUCCCCCAGCUCCCACUGCUGCCUCCUUCCCUCCUGCAACCAGCAGUGCCCGUCCUGCCACCUCCUCCAGCAGUGCCCAGAAACCAUCCCCAGGCUCAAAUCCUGUGCCAGCUGCCCCGUUGGCUGAGCCACACCAAGACCUGCCCAGAAGUGGCCAUUCCCAUCUUCUGCCCAGUGCUGCCACCACCACCACCACCACAGACCUGGAUGCCAGGGUCCCAGUGCAGGAACUGCUCCCCAAAAACCACCUGGAGCAAGAGAGUCCACAGCCACCUCUGCCCAAGAGCGACGGGCAGGGCAGAGAGGAGCAUCUCCCACACACCAUCAAGACCCCUCAGGUGGCAGUGGGGACCCCUGGAGCAGGCAAUGUGGCAGUGCCACCAGCUGCCCCCCUGGAGCAGGGCUGGGACUGGCUGAGCUGCCAGCAGCACCCAGUGUGUGUGGACAAUGGGUGCUUUGGGAAUGCCAACCACCUGCACCGCGGGGCUCCGGGCUUGGGUCUGGGCAGGUCCCUUCCACCCAGGGAUGUGGGUGCUGCUCACAGCCCUGAGCAGCCCAAGAAUGAGCCCCAAGAAGACUCCUACAUCUCCACUGAGUCACCCCCGAGGCUGGAGGAGGAGGAAGAGGUUUCUCAUGGUAGGAGGCUGCAGCCCCCAGACUCAGCAGUGAAAAAACCAUCUGUGACCAGCUCUGGGCACAGUGAGCCCCCAGGGAGCUUCGUGGAUGUGCGCAGCCCCCUGCUCAUACAGCAGCAGUUUGAGGAGGAGCAGAAGCUGAGGGGGAUGCAGAGGGAGCACGGAGCAGAUGGAGGCACUGGGAUGGAAAUGGUCACCCCAGUCCCUACCCCUGCACCUGGAGAUGUUUCUGCACCCUCUGACACCUCUGUGAAGCCUCCUGUGCAAGAGAGAGAACUGCCCAAGGAGGCAGCCAGCAGCACGACCUCCACGCUGACCCAGGAGAAAGUGCCCCAAGGCUCAGUGGACCCUGUCCCAAGUGCUGCAAGAAGUUCAGAAGGCACAACUGGGAGGAGAACAUCCUGGGUGAGCUCUUCUAGGAGCAUCUGGUCACCUUGGAGCAACACAGAGAGAGAUGUGGAGUUUAGCAAGCCAGGGGUCCUCUCCAUGUCCAGGGAGAGCCCAGAGGUGGCUGGCAGAUCCCUGAGCCCUCCUGGUGACCUCCCUCCCAGUAGUUUCACCUUGAGCAGUGACCAACUCAUGGUCAGCACAGAUAGCUGGAGCUCAGGAGAUGGGCCUCUCCAGGUCUCCUCAGGGUUCCCAGCUCCAGUGGCUCCUGAAGACCCCAGGGGAGGAGAGGCAGCUGGAGGUCCACUUCCAAACUGUGACAGCACCUCCCUGCACACCUACGAGGUCCUCGUGGACCAUUACCCCAGCACCCAGCUGGGGGCAGGGGGCAACCUCCAAGAUGGAGACAAUUCCCUCAGAAAUCCUUCAGGUCCUGACUCCAGCAGGGGCUGUGGCACUGCAAGCAGCUCGUCUCAGGCCAGGAUCCCCCCAGGGGACAGCAAUGGACCAUCCCUGCCCUACAUCCUGCCAGCUGUGGGCAUUGCUGUGAUCUCAGCUGUGGCAUUCCUGGUGUACACUCGACUGCAGAAAUAGCAGUGGUGGGGAGGGGGUGGCAGCACCAUCACUCAGCCUGGGGGAGUCAUCUUCAGAGCAGGAAUUUGGCCAGUGCAUCCAAAGGCUGAAGAGCAGUGGGGCAGAGGGAUGGUAGGGACAUGAUUAAACCUCUUUCUGGAAGAUUUAGCUGGAAGAGGGCUGGGUUGUGUGACACUGUUGGGUUUGAGGUUUAUUCCUCCCCAUUUCCCAACCCUCUGAUCUGUAGCUUUCUCCUUUUAUACCCACAGAGAAGGUGUCACUCAGGGAGUGAUCCCUUGAGUAAACAAACAAACAAAAAACAGAUUUCUUGCAGUGAUUCCCCAUCAAGUUGAGGUUUUGCAGACCUCCUCCAAAAGUGGUGCUGGUUUUGUUGGUUCUGCUCAUCUCAGCUUGAAAAGACACCUGAAGGUCUGCACAGCAGCCAGCCCCAGGUACUUCACACUGAAUUUGCCUUAGGUGGUGUCUCCAGCUCUGUUGCUGGCACCUCAGCUGGUCCUCAGCUCCUUUUCCUCAGUGCUGGAAGCAGCACUGCUCCUUCUGCUGAUCCCUGGAGAUGGACAUCCCCAUGAUGAGAAGGUGCCAGACCACCCCAGGUGCAAUCUGUCCCCUCUCCUGGGAGCUCUUCUCUUUUGGUGAUUUGCUUUGGGGAAUCUUUUCCUGCUCCUGAAGGUCAGGGGUGGGCUCUGGGGUGGCUUUAAGAAGUUCCAAUCCCUUGGGGAUGAAGCUGAGGGUGAGGAAAAGCUGCAUCUAACCAGCUUCUUGGAAGAGGAAACAUUCCAUGCUGUGCCAGCAUUAAGGAGACUCAGUCCCAGGUUGGAUUCUUGGGUGUCUCUUGAUUUUUCAGGCUGCAUUUUUGGAGCCUGACCAGCAGGGUGGAUGUAGUUCUCCUCUUUCCCAACACCUGGUGCUAUGAGAGGGGAAUGCAGGAAGCUGGGACACAAAGAGGGGGUUGGUUCUGCUCACUGCAGAGAAGCCACACCCAGGGGUUUAAGUUCUCUUGGGUUCCCUCGAAGAUCCGGUUUAAAAUUGCAGCCCAUAAUUUCCAGGCUAUCCCUAGGGAUCAGCUUGGAGUGGAAGGGGAUAAGGCUGCAAGAUUUCCUCAGAUAAAAUCCUCCAACCCAAAUCAAAAUGCUCCCUCCUUGCCCGGGGGGGCAGACAGGACCCUGCUCAGACAGAGUUUUGUGAGCCCAGAGGUGCUGCUGCCUCCUGUCACUGCUGCUGGAGGUUGUUCCUCAUUUCAUAAACACACAAAAAAAGGAAAAAAAAAAAAGCCCAGAAGUAACAAAAUUCCUUUGCUGUAGUUAGAGGGUUACUGUAGAGGGAGAAUUUAUUUUUUUUAAGCUCUAAAGAUGGCAGUGCAGACCUUGGAGUGUUCCCACCACCCUCCUGGGAUGUGCUGGGGGAGCUGGGGCAGGAGCACACAGCUGCUCCCUUCUCCUCACACUUUGCCCAAAAGUGCCAGAAGUGCCCUUAAAAGCUCAGGACACUGAGUAGGUGCAGGAGUGAGGUGUGAGUGUUGCUCUGGCAGGCUUGGUCAAUGUUCUUUGCUUCCUUGGUGCCUCAGAAGUCUGAAUAAUGGAUGGGGCUUUUCCCCCUGUUUCCAGAUAACACAGGGACUUGUCCAAAACCUCAAUUCAGACCCAGAAUUCCCCAUCAGCUGUUGGAUUAUUUUUUUUCCCCAUCAUUUUAUCACCUGCCUGGGAAAGCAGCAAUUUUCAGCAGUAAGAAUC